CCCCAAUACUAUACUAUUGCCAUGACAAUAAAGAGAAGCAGAGAAGAAGAAUUGACAGUGGAGACAUUAGCCAUGGCUAAUUGCGUCAAUAUCUUAGAGAAGAAUAGUUCAUUAGCACAUAGAUUUUUCGAGUGCAGGACUUGUAAGAAGCAAUUUGAAUCUUUUCAAGCUUUGGGUGGCCACAGAGCAAGUCACAAGAAACCAAAACUCAACACAGUGGCAGAUCUAAUUAAACCUAACAAGAAGAAACAUGAAUGCUCCUAUUGUGGAGAGGAAUUCUCUCUUGGACAAGCUUUGGGUGGUCACAUGAGAAAGCACCGCCACAAAUUGCAGAAACAGAAACAGCAGGAUAGUGAUGAUAAUUCUGCUGGUGAAGUUGUAGAGAUGACAGAGAAAAAGAUUUCGGGUACUGAAAAGGCUUUAUUCUUGGAUUUGAAUUUGACACCAUAUGAGAAUGAGUUAAUGUUGGGGAUUAUCCCGCUUAGAGUAGUUCAACAUUCUUGGUUGUAACCUUUUGAAUUGUUUCGGUUAGAUACGUAGAUACUAUAGUAGUUAAAUUCAAUGAUUUCGAUUGAUUUGUGGCUAGUCUGUAUAGGAAAAACUACAGAAAUUUUAUUUGUCAUAUA